AUGACGAGACUCGUAUCCUUCAUCCUGGCAAGCUUUGCCGUUAUCAAUGGCCACGUUGCUGCAAAUGAGCCGUCCUCCGACCAACAAAUCCAGGAUCGAGCCGAAGGGCUGAUGGCGUCCAUGAACUUGGACGCGAUGCUUGGCCAGAUGACGCAACUGGACGUGAGCACGAUUCUGCACCCGAACCGCACGCUCAACCGAGCGGUUGUACACGAACACGCAAAACUCAACGUGGGCUCGUACUUGAACACGCCCGGUGCUGACCUGAACGACACGGACGCGAACUCGACCUACAACUUCUCACCUAGGGAAUGGCGCGAGUUGAUCACGGACAUCCAGGCCAUCUACGCCAGCCACGGCAGCUUCCCCGUCAUCUAUGGAAUCGACUCGGUCCAUGGGGCAGAUUACGUCCGUGGAGCAGUGCUGUUCGGUCAACAACUCAACGCCGCUGCAACAUUCAACCCAGAACUGGUCUACGAAAUGGGCCGGAUCACUGCCCGAGACACGGGGGCAUCCGGAAUGCCAUGGUUGUUUGCCCCGAUCCUUGAGAUCUCGCAUAACCCUCUCUGGGCGAGAACGUUCGAGACUUUCGGAGAAGACCCUCACCUGGUGUCUGUCAUGGCUGACGCUAUCAUUCGUGGUAUUCAAAGCAACGGCACUACAGCUGCAUGCAUGAAGCAUAUCAUCGGGUACUCGAGAACACCAACGGGUCAUGAUCGUGCAGGCGUCACAGUGUCCGACUUCGAGCUCCUCAAUCGCUUCGCACCUCCUUUCUUGGCCGCCGUCAAAGCUGGUGCCAUGACAGCCAUGGAAAGCUACAUUUCUAUCAAUGGGGUCCCGGUCGUUGCCAACACGAAAAUCUUGAGAGAUCUGGUGCGUCACGAUAUGGGCUUUGACGGACUGAUUGUCACGGACUAUGCUGAAAUCCACAAUCUCCACGCAUGGCACCGAGUUGCCAAAUCGGAUCGGGAUGCGAUUCGCAUGGCGCUGACGAACGCUCCUUUAGACAUGAGUAUGGUGGCACUCAACGCCUCAUUUAUUGACAUGGCUCGCCUAGCCAUACGGGAGAAUCCUGAGCUGAUGAGUCGAAUCAAAGAUUCUGUCCGUCGGAUUGUCACGACCAAGGUAAAGCUCGGCUUGUUAGACCACGCUCUACCAGGAACGGAAGACGACAUUGCUCUUGUCGGCGGAAACGAGAGCCGACAGGCAGCACUGGAGCUUGCGCGCGAGUCCAUCGUUCUACUAAAGAACGAAGACGGAAUCCUUCCUUUGAAUGCAAGCAGCGAGGUUUUCCUGACGGGGCAUGCGGCGGACAACAUCGGUCUGUUGUGUGGAGGGUGGUCGCUUCGUUGGCAAGGUGUAUCGGGAAAUAGCCUUUUUCCGAACGGCGUCUCGCUCCGACAAGGGAUCACAAACGUGCUGAAUACAAGUACUGGCGUCGUUCACUAUGCCAAUGGACUGCACCCCAAUGGCUCCUUCUCUUCAGCAGAUCUUGAAGAAGCCAAGCGCAUCGCGGAAAGAUCGGCCUACACGAUUAUUGCAAUUGGUGAGGGCGUGUAUGCAGAGAAGCCGGGUGACAUCGAUGACUUGAACCUACCACUGGGUCAAGUCGAGUAUGUUCGCAAAAUUGCUGCCACUGGUACGAAGGUUAUCCUUGUUUUGGCACAAGGACGUCCUCGACUGCUCCAAGGACUUGCGGAAAUUGCCCAUGCUGUGGUAUAUGCCAUGCUUCCGGGCGAGCUGGGUGGUCAAGCACUCGCCGAAAUCCUGUUCGGACAUGUCAACCCUAGCGGCCGACUUCCCAUAACGUACCCGAAGACGUCGGCCAAUAUCGCGAUCCCUUACAACCACCUUGUGAGUACGCGCUGCCGUGACGAAGGGCCGUGCAAGAUGGAGUGGAACUUUGGACACGGGCUUAGCUACUCUGCGUUCGAGUACGGCAACGUUUCACUGAGCAGGACCACCAUUCCGAACAGCGGCGAUACUUCGCUCGAGAUCAGUGUGGCAGUCACAAACGCUGGCUCGAUGGCAGGCAAAGAGACAGUUAUGUUAUUCCUCAUUCAGCCAUUCCGCGCGAUCUCCGUACCAGAAGCCAAACAGCUGAAAAGGUUCACGAAGAUUUAUCUCCAGCCUGGUGAGACGCGCGAGGUGUCGUUCACUCUCUCUCGCGAAGACUGGGGAGUGUUCGACCCGCAGAUCGGCUCUGGGUUCCACCGCAUCGUCGAGGCCGGCGACUACUUUGUUGCAGCGAAGCCUGAGACGGAGUGCAAUGUCUACGACGGACACGCAUCGAUGCCCGGUGCCCUGUGUGCACGCUUCACGGUUCAGGACAUUUGA